GAAAGGGAAGGGAAGACGUGAACUGUUGUCUGUAAAUAUAACAUCUGAGGAGAUUUAAUUAGCUGUUCAGGUGUUUAACUGAAUGCACAAGUCUCUUGACAAAAAGGGGCAUGGAUUGGAGUGAUGAACUCCAGAGCUUCAAGAGAGAAUUCUGAUGCUCAGGAUGUAUACCGUAGGAAAGCAGAUUUCUCAGCAUAUCAUUUUUUCACCUGAGAUGUCUCCUACUUUCUUGUGGCCAAGCUGAACAUCAGAUAAAAUUGUUUGUUUUUUUUCCAUUGGGAGUUGAUGGCUUGCUUUGAAGAGUGGUCCAGGCUAUUUGUUCUAAGAAUCAUAUAUCUAGGGGGAAAAAAAAAAUUAGAAGGGAUGGAAAAUACAGCAAUACAUACACUUUUCUAGGAAGUAUACUUCUUCCCAGGCAUUCUUAGAGCCCCUAGGAAAAGUAAUUUAUUUCAGAGAGAUCAGUGUAGACAAACUAAAAAGCUGAAGGAGAUUAAAAAAAAAUGGGAAAAGAGAGUGAAAAUAGAGCUACAAAAUAGCGUGUGUUGUACUAGCUAUAUAUUAUCUCUGCUCACUUUAAAGCCUGUUAGAGUCUUUAGAAACAAGGAUGAUCAGACUAACCAGAGUUGAUCUCUUUCCUUUAACAGUAAUAUCUCCUUCGCAGAGUUUCAUUGUCAUCCCAGUGGAAAUUAGUCAAGCUUCUUCAUUCUCCACUGGUGGAUGCCAGCCCUUCAAAGAAAUGAACUUCCAUGUUAUAAAGUGUCCAUAAAUACCCAGCAGAAGUCUUACAACACAAAGCUUUCCACUGACAGUGAUGGAAUAAUGCCUUCUUGUCAUGGAGAAGUUUUGGGAAGUCCAUUUAAAGGAAGGAAGACCUGACCAUUUAUCAGGACCAACUUGUUUCCAGCUGCUUAUCUGGGGAUUUGUUAGUAUCUUUUCUUUGAUGAGUUUAUCACCAGCAGCUCAUCUCUAAACACGCUGGUAAUCAUGACCAGUGUCAUCAACUUAUUCACAUCUUCAGAAGUGUAAGCACCGGAGCAGGAAACGGUAAUUCCAGUUAAUGCAACAGCAGAGAUGCUAAAGAAGAAACGAACCUCUAUGAAACGUAACAAGAAAGCUUCUUCCUGCUUUCGCCAUUGAUGGAGAGGUACCAAGUGGAUACAGGUCCAUUUCCCUGACGUUGAGCGAGUGGAGUGGCUGAACAAGGUCCUGGAACAGGCUUGGCCAUACUUCGGGACAAUCAUGGAAAAAACAUUUAAAGAAGUGGUCGAGCCAAAAAUUAGAGCAAAGAGCGUACAUCUGAAAACGUGCGCCUUCACCAAGAUCCAGUUUGGCGAGAAGUGCCCUAGAAUCAACGGAAUAAAAGUCUACACCAAAGAAAUUGAUAGAAGACAAGUUAUCCUAGACCUGCAGAUAUGCUAUGUAGGAGACUGCGAGAUUCACAUGGACAUAUCGAAAUUUAAUCUUGGGGUGAAAGGUGUACAGUUGUAUGGGACUUUGCGAGUGAUACUGGAACCUCUUCUCACUGAUGCCCCUUUCAUUGGAGCGGUGACCUUGUUUUUUAUCCAGAAACCGCACUUGGAAUUCAACUGGGCAGGCAUGACCAACCUCCUGGAUGUCCCAGGGAUUAAUGUAAUGUCAGACUCACUGAUUCAAGACUACAUUGCUGCACGGCUGGUUCUGCCAAACAGGAUCACGGUGCCUCUGAAGAAGAACAUGAGCAUUGCCCAGUUGAGGUUCCCUAUCCCACACGGAGUAAUAAGGGUUCACCUUCUAGAGGCUGAAAACCUUGUCCAGAAAGAUAGUUUCCUUGGUGCGAUCAGAGGGAAGUCUGACCCAUAUGCUCUUCUUCGGCUUGGCACGGUGCAGUAUCGAAGCAAGACAAUUUCCCGAGAUCUUAAUCCCGUCUGGAAUGAGACAUUUGAGUUUGUUGUUCAUGAAGUGCUUGGUCAGGACUUAGAAGUGGACUUGUAUGAUGCGGAUCCAGAUAAGGAUGACUUCAUGGGCAGCUUGCUUAUAAGCCUGCUGGAUAUAAAGAAUGACAAAACUGUUGAUGAGUGGUUUCCCUUAAGCAAGACAACAAGUGGACACUUGCACUUAAAGCUGGAGUGGCUUUCACUAGUAAAUGACCAAGAGAAGCUACACGAGGAUAAGAAGGGCCUGUCUACAGCAAUUCUGAUAGUCUACUUGGACAGUGCUUUCAACCUCCCAAAAAACCACUUUGAGUAUUCAAACGGAGAAUGUGGAGCGAAGAAGAUCAAAAAUAACAAGUACCUCAAGAAGACAGAACGAGAACCUUCCUCCUUUGUCCUGCUCACAGUAGGAAGCAAGACUCAAAAAAGCAAGACCUGCAAUUUCAACAAAGAUCCCAAGUGGGGCCAGGCUUUCACCUUCUUUGUCCACAGUGCUCAUUCCCAGUCGCUGCACGUUGAGAUAAAAGACAAGGAUCAGGAUAGUUCUCUGGGAACAUCAGUGGUAUGUCUCUCCCACUUACUUAAGGACCCAAACAUGACUCUGGAUCAGAGGUUUCAGCUGGAUCAUUCCAGUUCAGACAGCUUCAUUAAGAUAAAACUUGUGUUGCGCGCCUUGAAUGCUGAGGAACCUGAUCCACAGAGAGUCAAGGCUAGUGUCAUUGCAUCGAAGAAAGGUCCCUUGUAUGUCAUGGAGAAUGGUGGAAACCAGCAGGAGUUUGGCUCCCCACCAAAACCAGAAGUCUCCAAAGUACCUCCUGUGGGCAAAGACACUGCCGUGCGGGAAUCCAUGCCGAAAAAAGACAGCGGUGAAGACCUGGACGCAAGUAACAGUUCAGCAGCGCCUGUAGCUAGUGAAACUGUUGCUGGCCUUGAUGAGACAGAGAGUGAGCAAGAUCCAGAGCAUCGUGCACCACCAGUGUUGCAUACCAGGGCAGCGGUAGUGCCCACGUUGCCGGUCGUAGAGGAACUGAGGCUUGCACCCAGCGUUACUUCGCUGGGUUCUCUGCCUUCUUCUUGCUUUGAACUAAGUAGCAGCAAUCUGGACCUUCAUAACGGGACGGAAAUGCCUCUGGGAGAGAUUCAGCUCACAGUGCGCUAUGCUUCCAUACGGCAGAGUCUUGUUGUGCUGGUGAAUGGCUGCAGAAACCUAGUACCCUCUUCCAAUCGUGGAGUGGAUCCAUAUGUCCGUAUAUACCUGCUUCCAGAUAGAAGAUGGACAAGCAGGAAGAAGACUUCCGUUAAGAAAAGAACUCUGAAUCCCCAGUAUGAUGAAAAGUUUGAAUUUUUUGAAUCUUUGGAAGAAGUCAAGAGAAGGACCCUAGAUGUUGCAGUGAAAAACAGCAGGCCGUUCAUUUCACAGGAAAAAAAGGAGCUGGGCAAAGUGCGGAUUGACUUGUCACAGGAGGACUUAAUCAAGGGCUUUACACAGUGGUACGAGCUGACAAGAAGCAGACGCAAGAAAAACUGAUUUCUUCUCAUGUACAUAAGUUAUUAAUUUUUUAACUUUAUAUUGGCUGUAUAUAUCUCUUUUGUAAUUGAAGUGUUUUGAAACAUUCACUGCAAACUUGAAGCCAUCUGCUGCUCAGGACACGUACGCUGAAUGAUCCUACUGACAUCAGUUCUCAGCGAAGUAAAACAGAAAGGAAACAAAACAAACUGUGGGAAUAAUUUCUCUCUAAAUAACAAAUCAUUUAUUCUUGAUGUGUCUGGUGUAUCUCCUCCCCGAGAACCCAUACACAUGAACACUCUCUUAAGGAAGUGUCAUACCUGGAGAUAUUUUUAGAUUGCCACCUAUGUGUGAUUACUCUGUUCUCAGUUUCAUUUCCCUAAGAGCCUAUUCGUGUUGUUUUAACGAUAUCUGAAAGCAUUACGCUUCUAAAAGAAUCAGUUUUUAAGCUGCAUCUUUCAUCUGUAAGGCUACAGAACCCAUUCAAAUAAACUGUAAGGCUAAUAGCAGUUCUUGAGAAACAAAGAAAUGGAUAUUGUGCUUCUGAAAAGCACCUUAGCAGAUUGUGGCUGCAGGUCUGCAUAUGAUGAGCUUCCAAAAGCAGGGAGAUUAGUUUACCAGGAUGUCAUUAAGGUUUCAGUUUGUAAUGCCUUAACAUGUUUUGUUCUUUGUUACAACAUUUCAGCAUCUCAUAAGCCUUGAUAGUAAAUCAUUCUGCCUGAGGAACAGCAGAGUUUUGGAAACUAAGCUUUAUUAAUAUUGGAGCGCAAUAUACCAAAAUAUUUUUGGAAGCUUGGUGUACUUGUUUGUUUACAAUAAACUUUGACAUGUCUUGCUUAAGGAA